AUGACGCUCUCCUUUGGCUGUCACUUACCUCCUAAGUUGGAGAUCAAUUCUGAUGCAGGAAGUGACAAUUUUUUCUUCUUCAUAUUCAUUUUCUUUUUUUUUUUUUUUUUUUUGGACAAUUUCUUCUUCAUAUUCUUCUUUUCUUUUUCUUCUUCAUUUUUUUUUUUUUCUGGACAAUUGGCUUUCUUCUUCAUAUUCUUCUUUUUUUUUUUCUUCUUUUUUUUUUUUUUCUGGACAAUUGGCUUUCUUCUUCAUAUUCUUCUUUUCUUUUUUUCUUCUUCAUUUUUUUCUUUUUCUGGACAAUUGGCUUUCUUCUUCAUAUUCUUCUUUCUUUUUUCUUCUUCAUUUUUUUCUUUUUCUGGACAAUUGGCUUUCUUCUUCAUAUUCUUCUUUUCUUUUUUCUUCUUCAUUUUUUUCUUUUCUGGACAAUUGGCUUUCUUCUUCAUAUUCUUCUUUUCUUUUUUCUUCUUCAUUUUUUUUCUUUUUCUGGACAAUUGGCUUUCUUCUUCAUAUUCUUCUUUUCUUUUUUCUUCUUCAUUUUUUUUCUUUUUCUGGACAAUUGGCUUUCUUCUUCAUAUUCUUCUUUUCUUUUUUCUUCUUCAUUUUUUUUCUUUUUCUGGACAAUUGGCUUUCUUCAUAUUCUUCUUUUCUUUUUUCUUCAUUUUUUUCUUUUUCUGGACAAUUGGCUUUCUUCUUCGUAUUCCUCUUUUCGCUGUUCUCCAUUGUCUUUCUUCUGGACAUUUGAUGUUCUUUAUAUUCCUCUUCCUUUAUCCUCUUUCAUUUUCUUUUUCUGUCAUUUGCAUUUCAGAUUUUUCUCUCCUCACUUUGCUUCAUUCAUUCUUUUUCCUGUUUUUCUUUUUUACUUUGGAAAUAAUUUUUCUUUCUUUAUCUUAUCCUUCUUACCUUCUUUUCCUGUUUUUUGUUUCCUUUGAUAUCAUUUCUUUUCUUAUCUUUUACUUUCCUUUGAAGUCAUUUGUUCUUUUUCAUUCUUCCUUACUUUUUGUUCAUUUAUUUUUUCAUGGGUACAUUUAUUCUUUCUUCCACUAG